AUGAAUCCUUGUGCCGUGCCCACCCAAAGAACCGAUGACGAUGGUGAUGAUAGAUGGCUGAGCAUACACAAACGUUUCAUUUCCGAGUGCCGUGAAAAAGACCCUGACGUCAUUUUCAUUGGCGAUUGUAUACUCGAAACGCUGCAGGAUACGGAAACAUGGCAUCAUUAUUUCGCCCCAAUGCAUAGCCUUAAUUUUAGUAUACGUGGCGAUCGUUGUGAAAAUGUACUGUGGCGCAUCGAAAACGGUGAAUUGGAUAAUGUCAAGCCAAAAAUCGUUGUCCUCCAUGUUGGCACAAAUAAUGUCGACAGCAAAGCAGAAGAGAUAGCCGAUGGUAUUUAUGAAAUUGUACAAAGAAUACGUUCGAGAUUACCGGAUACAUAUAUUGUAUUGCCUUCUCUUCUACCUCGUGGCCAUCAAGCAAAUAAAUUACGUGAUAAAAAUGCUCAAGUCAAUAGUUUGGUUAAGGAGAAAGUUGUCGGACUUAAUCGUGUACAAACAGUGGAUAUAACAAAGGGACUUGUACAGACGGACAAUUCCAUUAGUCAUCAUGAUAUGUUCGAUUAUAAGAAUCUAACCAAUACAGGGGCGAAGAAGGUCUUUGAACCGGUACAUGAUCUCUUGUCGCAAAUCUUAAAUGAAAAUGAACAGGAACGUGAUCUCACACCAUCGGAAUAG